AUGUUCAUUUUUUCUGAUGUGGUUAUACAGUUUUCCAAUCCUUUUCACCGCAAGGCUCUCGACCUUGUAUCAGUCUUCUGCAGCAAGGCUCUCAACCUUGUAUCAGUCUACUGCAGCAAGGCUCUCAACCUUGUAUCAGUCUACUGCAGCAAGGCUCUCAACCUUGUAUCAGUCUACUGCAGCAAGGCUCUCAACCUUGUUUCAGUCUACUGCAGCAAGGCUCUCAACCUUGUAUCAGUCUACUGCAGCAAGGCUCUCAACCUUGUAUCAAUCUACUGCAGCAAGGCUCUCAACCUUGUAUCAGUCUUCUGCAGCAAGGCUCUCAACCUUGUAUCAGUCUUCUGCAGCAAGGCUCUCAACCUUGUUUCAGUCUACUGCAGCAACGCUCUCAACCUUGUAUCAGUCUACUGCAGCAAGGCUCUCAACCUUGUAUCAGUCUACUGCAGCAAGGCUCUCAACCUUGUAUCAGUCUAUUGCAGCAAGGCUCUCAACCUUGUAUCAGUCUACUGCAGCAAGGCUCUCAACAUUGUAUCAGUCUACUGCAGCAACGCUCUCAACCUUAUAUCAGUCUACUGCAGCAAGGCUCUCAACCUUGUAUCAGUUUAUUGCAGCAAGGCUCUCAACCUUGUAUCAGUCUACUGCAGCAAGGCUCUCAACCUUGUAUCAGUUUAUUGCAGCAAGGCUCUCAACCUUGUAUCAGUCUACUGCAGCAAGGCUGUCAACCUUGUAUCAGUCUACUGCAGCAAGGCUCUCAACCUUGUAUCAGUCUACUGCAGCAAGGCUCUCAACCUUGUAUCAGUCUUCUGCAGCAAGGCUCUCAACCUUGUAUCAGUCUACUUCAGCAAGGCUCUCAACCUUGUAUCAGUCUACUGCAGCAAGGCUCUCAACAUUGUAUCAAUCUACUUCAGCAAGGCUCUCAACCUUGUAUCAGUCUAUUGCAGCAAGGCUCUCAACCUUGUAUCAGUCUACUGCAGCAAGGCUCUCAACCUUGUAUCAGUCUACUGCAGCAAGGCUCUCAACCUUGUAUCAGUCUACUGCAGCAAGGCUCUCAACAUUGUAUCAGUCUACUUCAGCAAGGCUCUCAACCUUGUAUCAGUUUAUUGCAGCAAGGCUCUCAACCUUGUAUCAAUCUACUGCAGCAAGGCUCUCAACCUUGUAUCAGUCUACUGCAGCAAGGCUCUCAACCUUGUAUCAGUCUACUGCAGCAAGGCUCUCAACAUUGUAUCAGUCUACUUCAGCAAGGCUCUCAACCUUGUAUCAGUUUAUUGCAGCCAGGCUCUCAACCUUGUAUCAAUCUACUGCAGCAAGGCUCUCAACCUUGUAUCAGUCUACUGCAGCAAGGCUCUCAACAUUGUAUCAGUCUAAUGCAGCACCAUAAGGCACUGAGCUUCUUCUAUCAGCUACAGUUCUUGCAGACAAAACUCUUAGUAUAAAGCAAUAAUGCGGGCUGUACAAUUGUUCAUGGGUCAAAGUCGAUAAAGCAAUAAUGCGGGCUGUACAAUUGUUCAUGGGUCAAAGUCGAUAAGACUUUAGUCCAAGUAAAUAUCUGGUGCAAAGUAUGAAAGUAUGUUAAUUUGUUUAUAAUAAUUACAAUUUAAAACAGUUGAGUAGCUUGCUUCUAUGACAUGUAGAUCUGUAAUUUGAUAAUCUCACUGACUGACAAAAACCAUACAUUUUACGAUCAAAGUGAAAAAAGUCUAGCACACUUUUUUGGCAGCUCUCGUUUUUAUCCAACUUUGUCAUUUGUAAAAAAAUAAACAUUAAAAUAUAAAAAUGUAUUUUCAUGGACGGGAUGUUACUCAUAAAAUGGCAAUGCACAGCCUUUUAAAGCAAUUUUCUCCCUUGUUUGUUAUGUUGGCACAACUUAAUGUUUAUUGAUAAUAAGUAAUUCUGUUUGCUUCAAUUGUAUUUCAAUGCAGACUAUCAUGAAUGUGAUAUCUCUUAGAAAAUACCUUUAAUUGGUAUCACCAUAUAAUAAAGACAAUGGUACAGUGUUAUAAUGUACCAUAUGCCCGCAGUUGUCCAGAUUUUUUCCUUAAGUACAUCUUGUACAGUGGAGUUUUCUCAUAAAUCAAGGGGCCUGGCACACAUUUUAUGUGUCAAGGUCUUGUGAACACCUGCUCAUACAUGUGUUUUUACAUCCCUGCAGUAGAAGGGUCAUGAAAGCUAACAAUAAAUUUCACAAUAAAUUAGUAGUAGCAAAAUUGUAGCAGUGGUCUUAUUGAUGCACAUUAUUGAUACAGGGAUGGUAGUGCAUGCUGAGCUAAAAUCCCACUAGCGUUAUCAAUAGUGUACAUGGAUCUAUAUACUGCUACAAUUUUGCUACUGCUACUAAUUUUCUUGCACCUUCUUAUAGCAACUUUUUGCAAUUUAAAAAAAUAUAUUAUAAAUCAAACGAGACAUAAGAAACCAUUUAAUAAAUACUUGGAAAAUUAUUUUAAACAAAUAUACAUGUAGACCUUUGAUGUCUCUUGGUAUUCUGCACUGCCAUUUGUGAAAGAGCAUCAUGUAUUUUCAAUAUAUUGAGAUAUAUAUUGUAAAAACAAAUUUUAAGUGUUGCAUAUGUAUAGAGACAUUUACUUUCAGAUUUCUGUAGCAUUCAGUGUAUAUUUGUGACUAUUAGGUCUCAGAAAUAAAUUAACUGGGUUGAUUUCAAUAUCUUACGUAAUUCUUGUUACUUACAUAUUACGAUCAGAGCUAAAUGACUGGUUAUUGCAAAAUGUUGAUUCCCAAUAUAAACCAUGCCUUUACAUAUUUUGCAUUUAACAUUAAUCAUACUUAUUGUUGAAUGUCUCAGUUCUUUUGACAGAAUCUCUAUGUAUAUUGUAAAUAACAAAAAUUUCUUUUUUCUAAACUUUACUUAGAUAUUACAACAAACAUAUGUAUGCCGUUGUAUGGCAAUGAACUGGUUGCUAUGCUUUAAACUAGGCCAUUGAUCAUUAGAAAUGUUUUUAUUUUUUCCCAUACCAUUUUCUGUUACCAGCUUUAGGUAGGAUGAAUAUGCAGUGUUUUGUGUUCAGAAGUAGUCUAGGGAGAUAGUGGAGGCUAGUCAUAUUAUGCAAUUAGGUUGUUUUUGUUUUGUUGUGUAUUUAGUUCAAGGUUGUAGUUAUAUGUAUUUAUUGUGAUUAUUUUUACAUAAGUAUUUAAUUGUGUAACAUUGUCAUUCUCUUACAGAGUAGUAUUGCAAUACUUGAGAACUUAUUCUAGUUAAAAUGGUAUGAAAUGUCAAUGCAUACAUUUUCAUGUGAUUUAGAUUAAACAUUGAUCCAUACAAUCUUGUUAUUUUGGACUUUCUCACAGAUGUCAUCAUGUUUUUCAGAUGUGUACAUUUCAAACUAUUGGGGUACAUGCGAUAAUGUUAAAUGUUAAAAGAAACUCUAAAAUCCUGUAAAAUAGUGACACAAUUUUUGCAUUGAUAAGAUUUUAGAUUUCUGACCUACAAGCCAUCUUGGAUUUUCUCAAAAUACAUCUUAAUUGAAUACUGAAGGAUUAUUAAAUGCCUUGGCACAAAUAUUAACAUGUAAGCAACAGUUUAGACAUGCAAUGCCAAAAUACUGCCCUUAUUGUCAAACUGCUUUUUUGUCAAUGUGGUAUGUGCUGUCAGUGAUAGGCCAUGUUUAAAAAAUGCUUCCUUCUUCAUUUUUGUUUCAUAUAUUUGCCUACCGAUAGUCUUUACAAUUUGUUAUCCUUGUGUAUCCUAUGUUGUAAAGGCAUUUGUUGUGUCUUUCUUUAUAUGUGGAUGUAUUUUUGUCAUUGAAAAUAAAGUGCAUUGUAACCCUUA